GUCCUGCGCUUUGCUUCGUAUUAUGGAGACCACAUGGUCCUGCAGAAAGCUCCACAGAGAGCCAGACUGUGGGGGUAUGGCCUUGAGGGGUCAGAGGUCACCGUCUACCUGUCAGGACCUGUAACACACAAAACCACGCCUGCCACUGUGACAGCAGGCAUCUGGCGAGUGACCCUUGACCCUGUUGAAGCCGGCGGUCCCUACAAUGUGACUGCUGUGAGUCAGAACAGCAGCCGGACUCUGACAAAUGUGUUGUUUGGAGACAUCUGGCUGUGUGGAGGACAGAGCAACAUGUUCUUCCAAACAUCUCAGAUUUUCAAUGCAUCUGAGGAGCUGGCCCUCUCAUCCAAAUAUCCUCACGUGAGGCUGUUCAUGACAGCUUGGGGCAUGAGUAAAACUGAGCUGACUGAUCUAAUCCUGGUGGAGCUGCCCUGGUCUGAGCCCACAGCCCGUGUUCUGUCCCAGUUUUCAGCCGUGUGCUGGCUCUUUGGGCGCUACAUGUACGACAGGUUGAAGUACCCUAUAGGACUGGUAGAAUCCUGUUGGGGGGGCACACCUGUAGAGGCCUGGUCAUCUGUAAGAGCCCUGAAGCUUUGUGGACUGGAGGAUGCUGAAGACAGGUAUCUGCUUCCUGUUUCUCUCAGGGCCCAAACACAAAACUCUGUUCUGUGGAACGCAAUGAUCCACCCCCUCCUCAACAUGACCAUCUACGGAGUCAUUUGGUAUCAAGGUGAGGCGAACGCAGAAUAUCACAAGGACGAGUAUAACUGUUCUUUCCCCGCCAUGAUCGAUGACUGGAGGCUGGCGUUUCACCAAGGCUCAGGGUGGCAGACCACUCCCGACUUCCCAUUUGGAUUUGUUCAAUUGGCCACCUACAAAGAAAACUCAACAGAUGAUGGUUUUCCAGAGAUCCGCUGGCACCAAACAGCCGACGUGGGCUUCGUCCCCAAUUACAGGAUGAAGAAAACCUUCAUGGCUGUGGCGCUUGAUUUACCUGAUAAAACAUCACCAUAUGGCACAAUCCAUCCCAGAGACAAGCAGGAUGUAGCUUUCAGACUGACGCUGGGUGCCAGAGCAGUGGCGUACGAUGAACAGGACGUAGUCUUCACAGGACCUUUCCCAAAUCAAAUAGCAUCCUCUCAUGUGUCCAUCAACAUCACAUAUGACCAACCUGUCUCUGUUGCUAAACCCAAAAGUUUAUUUGAGAUCUGCUGCUCAGAGAUGAAAGCUCCAUGUGGGCCUGGGUCCUUGUGGGUUCCAGCUGACAUCAUGGACUGGGGUCCAACCUCGGUCCAGUUGUCUGCCCGCCGGUGUUCUGAUCCAACUGAAGCAGCAGCUGUUCGAUACGCGUGGACAGACUGGCCCUGUGGGUUUAAAGCCUGUCCUGUCUACAGCACCUCUGGGACUCUACCUGCUCCUCCUUUUAUCAUCCAUCGAUAUAAUGGGGAAGGAAAUAUCUGGAAAAAUUACUGAACCACGUUCUGAGAGGAGAAAACCCCUGAAAG